CUGCGAUCGAAGUGAAUCGGGGCCGCAUCAACGUCGCGCCGUAGGAAAGCGGUUGGAAACUGGCGAUACUUCUCGGAAGGGUCAUUCGUAGUACUUCGCGCGCUGGUAGAUGCGUUCAGACCGCUCAAACGGUGCUUAUAAUUGGAUAGGACGUGUAUUUAUGCCUUCGGAAUGGAUGCUUUUCAUUUUCUUCUUUAUUUCACUUUAUUUGUUUAACGCCACUCAGUGAUUGUUCGGCCAUUGCGUUCAGAAUAUUUCAUAAUUUUUCUCUUACAUAAAUGCCGUGGAUAUAUAUGUCUAUGUAUCCUUAGAUUUACCUGGAAGUACAUUGGUCAUUUGCGUCUUUUCGGGCAACGCAGUUAACCUGGUUUAUUUCACUAGAGUACUAUUAUCUUUGAUGAGUGUCCCUGAUCAAUAUUCCCCCAAGACGCGCGCGUAAAGUGACACGGAAUCAAUAAAUUUUCUUACGUAGAUUCAUGUUGCAGAUAGGUGACUUCUGUGGCAAAAAUUAAGUGUUUGUUUUCUAAAAGUAACACGUAAUUUUUGCCACACAAGUGUGGCACGCAGAAGUGUGGCGCACGGAGUAUCCGCACGCGCACACUCCGUGUGCUUCUGCUGCCAUCUUGCGCAAAAAUAAUGAAACGCAAUACAUAAUUCGGAGCACUUAGAGCUUUCAUGAAGAUGCGCCGCUUCAUCACUUGUGUUAUUAUGCCACCGUGAGCCAGCCAAGCGUGAUUGAAUGGAGGCGGGAGACGCUUUCCGUCUUCAGGUGUAUUUGUUUAGUUAGCGAGCUUUAUAAAAGUUUGCAGCUCUACAUUAAUUCUUGGUGGGUCGCGGGGGAAAAUCUUAGUGUUAAAAGAAAGGACACUGACAAUCAUCUGACUGUCGCUGACUCUGCAAUGGGAUUUUACACAGUGCUAGCGUUGACUCUGUAUAUCUUGUUUGAUGUUAAUUAUUUCGUACAGUACAUUGUCAUUAUGGUACGUGGCUUUCUGCGAUGGAGGCACAUGAAGAAGCCUCUCUUAGAGCCGGACGUCACGACUGGCAGGUGCUCACUAAGUGACCUUGAUCACAUGAUGCACAUGAACAACGUAAAGUACCUGCGUGCCUUUGAGUUUGGCCGAGCUGCAUUUGGUUUGAAGAAUAGACUGUGGCAUAAUGCAAAGAAAUUGAAAGCUCACCUGCUCAUCAGUGCUCAAGUGGUGCGCUACCGAAGGCCAGUCACACUUUUCGAGGCUUUUGAAAUUCAUUCCAAGAUUGUGUACUGGGAAGACAGAGAUGUCUACAUUGAACAGCAGUUGAUUACAGUCGGUGACAAUUUCAUCCGAGCAAUUUGCAUGGUAAAAAUGACACUUGUGGAUGGAUCGUUGAAUGACCUGCUGACAUCUCUGGAUGUUGAUCCAAACUCCAAGCCCACACCAGUCCCUCGGGAUAUUCAGCUCUUCAUGGACUAUAAUUGUGCUAGCAGUGCAAAGCUAAAUGCAGAAAAAGAUAGGCUUCUGAACCUUAAGCGUUCGGAGUAAAUUUUUCACAAAACAUG